AAUUCAUGCAAAUGAAACGAACGCUUACGCUGCGCAUUGACAGGGAGCAUUCGGGAACGAAGAGAUCAGAGCCGGUACUCAUAAAUCAUACUGGAGCUGUUAUAUAGUGCAGAGAAUGCAUCCAACGACUGCCUCGUUUCUUGGUGGUCUUCGCAUUUAUAAAAUUGUGUUACUCGGCGAAGGAGGAGUUGGCAAAUCAGGUGAGUACGAACUAACGAUACGAGCUCAGUCUGGCGUAAAGAUCUCACGUCCCUUGACCAAAGGAAUUUGCGAGCAAACAUUCAAAAUUGAUCGCUAAUCACUGAACAAAAACCAUUUCCUGGAUACUCUCUUUUGUAAAGGAAAAAUUAUGGAGAUAUCAGCUCCGGAGAACUGUAAAUCCGAUUAGGAGACGUUUUUGUUAUGAAAUAUCGCUAUGCGCCAUCGCCGCCGAAAUCGAUCGAUCGACCAUGAACUGUUUGUUUGCACUUUUACAGCGGUUUCAUCCUUUGGUUAAUUAUAAAAUGCUUGGAAUACCACCAGUGUGUUUGUCUUCAGUAAAGGGUGUACAUUUCGCAAAUUUGCCAACUUUAUUGUUUAUUUUGUCCGGAAUUCUAACUUUUCUGGCAUGUGAUCAGAGGGAAAUGUAACAAGUAGCGGCUUGAAACAAUGAUUUUAGUAAUUUGUCUGUUCCACUCUAUUCUCUUGCCCCGGGAAAAUUUCUAAAUGCUACUUUUCUUAGAUAAGCAAACGACUUUUUUCUAGAAAAUCUCGCAAGGGCAAGAAAACUUAUCAACUCGAACAUAUUGUUGUACAUACCAUUUGCAAGUUGUUGUGAACUGGUGUUGUUUUGAUAGUGAGAAUGAUAAUAACAUACUUAUGUUCCGAUGUUGUUGAUUUCAUUGAAGUGUGACGUUCGUUUUUGAGCAAACCGUGAAGAGCUUACUAUAUUUGACCAAUUGUGUCGAGAUAAUUUAAGACUGCACCGUUUUUUGCUUUAAAUUCUUGUGAUCUAUCACUAAAAAAUAAUUAUUUCAAGUUUUUUUGAAACGUCAUCUUAGUGAAGAGAGGUGCUCGCGCGCGAAACGCGAGGUCGCGUGCGUUUUGGUGCUAAGGAGUGUCUUAAGAGAAAAUGUAACAGAGUUCCAGAUUUAUUUCAGCCUGUUGAAAUGAGUCUAACGAAUGAUAACUUUUAAGAAUUUAGAACUGAGGGAAGAUGUAUCCUGCCAGGAUGCAAAAACAAGGACUUCCCUUCUCCCUAGUCAGCUGAACUCAAAACUUCCUUGUUUUGUGCAUAUGGUUAGGAGCUACAUCCAAGCAGAUGUCUUCAUGCAUUAUUUUAAAUUAAUUUGACAAGUGCAUAGUAAACAAAGCCAACUUUCAUAAAAAUUUAAUAGCUGUGGUUACAGUAUUGGUCUUACUCUUGGGUAAAUGGUUCUGUCUGUCUUUAAGGGAAAUGGAAUGCUACAGUUUCUGGUGAAGGGAAACAGAGUCUUGGCCUUAAUAAGCCCUAAGAGUGAUUAGUAUCAAAAUUCUCCUUGUGAUAUCAAUGCUUUAUAAAACAGAUUGGUGAUGAGAAUUAAACGGACAUAAUCACGCGAGAUACAAUGAGUUAAUACUUCAACAACUUCUCGCUACUACUUUUAUAGGAGAUGUAUAGGGGCAGCAAAUGGGAAUUUGAAUUUUAAUAUUAGGGCUUAAAGGGUUAAAGGUCUCAUUAUAAAUAGUAGUUUUGCACUUUAAUUAUGAGAAGUGACAGAGAGAUGUAGAGGUGGAAAACACGAAAGCCUAGUUACUGACAAAAAGCAAAAUCAUGUUGUUCUUCCUGUUAUUAAUUACCAGACAUCAAAAUCAUUUUGAUAAUCCCCUUGAUGCAUCCAAAGCCCAGCUCAAAGUAAAAUUAAUUAUUUUCCUUUUUCUUUUUUCUUUCUCCUCAUUUUUAUUAUUACUGACAGUUUUGUUGUUGUUGUUGUUGUGCAUGUUUUUUUGUUACGUAUUGCCUUUGUGGUGAGCAAGAUGUAAAAACAAACUUAUCUAAUAGAAAUCGGUUUUCUUUUGUUACUUCACGAGUUACUGUAGAGCCUGUAGAAUUAUGACUUUUUAUCCUUAGUGAUUGUGUUGUGUUAAACCUGUAUAAAAAUACCAACAUUCAAUCUCUGAUAUGCUAAAUCCAUCAAGGACACUAUAAGGGAUCAUAUACAAAGUAUGUACUUGAAAUCCAAGAUGGUGUCUGGUGACAUAUUUUCUUUGUGGAACAUGUGCUGACUGUCUGAUAUAAACACAGGUGUUGAUAAACCCUUCACUGCCACAGAUGAAUCUUAAUUCCACAUUUUUAAUAUGAAUCAGGUCUUCAAGUAGGUUGACAUGAAGAAUUAGUCACUAAUUUGGCUACUUAUGUUUUAAGGAUUUGAGCUGCGGAUUUGAGGUCCCCAGCAAUGCCUUACCCCUUGACCUUCGUGGUCUUUUUAUUCAAAUGAAAAUAUGACUUAUCAGAUGUAAUCUGCUUUAUUUUUCAGCUGUAACAAUGCAAUUUGUGUCCCAUUGUUUUUUGGAUUACCAUGAUCCUACUAUAGGUGAGACGAUAACCAAACGGGGAUUUUUUUUAUUGAUUUAUAUCGCUAUUUUACAGUGUUCUCCUUAAAUUUUAGCUCGGUAGGUACAGGAUCAUUCGCAGCCGUAUAGCAACCCUAAAUUUUAGCUCGGUAGGUAAGGGAUCAUUCGCAGCCGGUAAGGCAAAAAAUGUGCACCACAGAGGUGCACGUUUCUGGGGGAAGGUGGGCAGUGGAGUGCGGGACAUGGCUCCGCCCUUGCUGGGAAAUUUGGGAGCUAUAAGUUCUCUGAAACAUCAUUCCCUCAUUUUAAGACCUUUUAUGCAACUCGGCUGUUCUCACCUUAAAACAACAAUUUAAAACAAUUGAUUCCAAUAAUUUUACUCUGUCUUCAAUGUUGUUUCCAAAAUGCAUGGCCCAUAUAGAAAGAAAAGCUGUGUAUACAUACUUUAGCACUUUUCCACAUAUUCAUUCAUUUUCUUGUGGCAUGUGAGAAUCAGAUUGGAUCACAACUUGUGUAUUUUUUUAAAGUACUUCUUUAAUUUUAGUAAACCUUCUGUAUGUUGCAGGUGGUAAGAAGUGUUGCUUCAGGUGGUAAAUUUUACCGGUUACUGCCUGAUAGGGAGAACACUGUAUUUAAUUAAUUAUUGUACUACACAUUGUAACAUUAAUUUGUUCUGAGCCGUCAAAGUUUAAUUGCUCAUUUCUUCUUUAGGUUUUCUUGUGAAUUAUUUAUGUGAUUUUUACUUUGUUAACUAAUUCAAUUAAAAAUAUCUUAUAAUUUAUGAUAAGUAUUUUUCAUCUUGUUGUUAGAGGAUGCAUAUCAACGUCAAGCUGUUAUUGAUGGUGAAUCAGGGCUGCUGGACAUUUUGGAUACCGCUGGACAAGUAAGCUAAAGCGCUUGUUCAAGUUUCCUGCUUUUGUUUUAUUUUUAAGAGUAUACACAAAUAAAAUGGCACCUUCUGCCAUUGUAAGUAACUUUUAUUAGAUAUGAUUAUUAUUGGUUUGAUUUUCUGGGAGUUGGGCGUACUUUCUUUAGAUGUUUUGAAUUUUUUAUGAUAACUAUUUUUUAAUAAUCUUUUUAUGUAAGUUGUGGCAAUUGUAACAUUGGUGGCAUGGAUGGUGCUAUUCACAGCUUCAAAAGAUGCAAUUGUACCAAAAAGAAAUUUGUUCGCUCAUGGGAAAAAACAAAGUUGAUUUUCUGUUCUUUUAAUUGCAGCAAGAGUUUACAGCUAUGAGAGAACAGUACAUGCGAAGUGGUGAGGGAUUUAUCAUAAUGUACUCCGUAACAGAUAGACAAAGUUUUAGAGAGGCUUCACAAGCCAAAAAACAAAUUGAGCGUGUGCGACGAUGUGAUGACAUACCUAUGGUUCUUGUUGCGAACAAAAUUGAUUUGGAAAGUAAACGAGAAGUCACAACGGAAGAAGGGCAAGCACUCGCUCAGGAGUUUGACUGUGCAUUUUUUGAAACAUCUGCUGCCUUACGGCAUUUUGUGGACGAUGUUUUUCACAGUUUAGUACGACAGAUAAGGAGAAAGGAAAGGCUUGGGACAAAGUCAGCUCAAAAGGACAAAAAACACCGCAAGAGAGCAGGAACUAUUCUGCAAAACCUAUUCAGGCGCCAAAAGAAAACAGCGUAAGAAUAAUAUGAAAAUUGUGCUUCAAAACUGUAAAACUGUUCAUACUUACCCGGACCAUAAUCAAAUCAACACAAAUUUUUCCAUCUUUGGAGUGGAAAGUGACACAAAAGAGUGAAACAACAUACACAUCACGGCUUAGAAGCUGUUCGUCUAAAUUUGGUGUUGUAGAAUAUUUUUUCCCUUGUUUUGUUAUCCUUAAACUAUCUUGGGUACUGUAUUCCCUUAUUUGCAUGUUUCUGGGAAGGAAAUUAGGCGACUGGACUAAUUUGAGAGAUUUAGAGUUACGUUUAUGGGAAACAUGAAUUUGUUGUGGACACAUGACCAAGUUUUCCCUAUACUUGUCUUUAACUGUUCUUUACUUCUACAAAAAAUAAAAGUAAUUUCACAUUAUUGCCAUCCACAAGAAUAUAUUAUUUUAGACUGUUUUUAUCUGUUCAUUUUCUAUUUUGAGAAAUUUUCAACAUGAAUCUCUUAUUUGGCAUUUGCCACAAUCAUAGCUCUAAAUCUCUCCAAUAUUAGGAAAAUCCAACUAGUGGUCUAUUAUCAAUGCAGCAUUCUGAUUGGCUGAGCUACUAGGCUAUAUCAUCUGUUAUAGCCCAAUAGUAGCGAAAAUCGCCUGCUUUUUGAUGGCCAAAAAGAAAAGGAUUUAAAGUCUAGCUUGAACUAGCUAAAGUUGUUUUGUGUCGAUAUUUUUGACCAACUAUUUGGAUUUUACUAGAACAAUUAUUCCUCUUGCCCUCAUGACCUCUGAGUCAAUAGCCCAUUCAGGCUUGAGGAAUAAUUGUUAAUUAUCUUUAAUGUGAGAACUAUGCAUAUUAUCAUGACUGUUUAAAACUAAAAAUAUUCAGAAAAUUUUUUUUAAAACCUAAUACUACCCUUAACGCCAUAAAAAAGUUAAUAUGCAUCUGCAAGUGCCCCUGCAUUUUGUUCUUGCAAUAUUUGCUAACUAAUUGGGUCAGUGUUGACAAAGUACAUACUGAGACCAUGCAAUUUAAAAGUAUUUGCAUAUGAUCCAUAGUACAUAUGGACCAACAACCCUCCAAGUUAAAGGGUUUGCUCAGUUGCCAUUUGGGAACCAACUUUUUUGUUUUAGGGAGACUUUUUUAGCAAAUCAAGUGGGUAGCUCCAAAAUUUUAGGUGCCAUGGCAACCAAAAUGGUAGCAACUUGGAGGGUUGACCAAGCAUGUAGUCAAGAUGGCAAUGGCUUAAAAUGUACCAGAAGGUCAACAAAAAUGAAAAAAGAACAAGGCCAAUAUCCAGCCAACUUGACAGAGCUGCGUCAAUGAAGGAUCUAUUAUACAGCCAAUAAAAUAGAACAAGAUGGGGCUAUCUUGCCCACUCAUGUAGCCAAUCAGAAAACAGGAUUAGCUUCAUCUUGCAUGCCUUUGGAUUCUGCCAUAUACCAAUACCAAAAACAAAGCUAGGGAGUUAAUUAUUGCUUUGAAUCAAAGCAGGUCAAUGUCAUUAUUUCUGCACAGAAAUGGAGAGUGACCUGCCACAGAUAGCAAGGAAUUUAUGGUGUGUCCAUAUAAUAGAAGUAUAUUGUUCCAAAAUCAUAUUUUACAGUGUAAUUAAUUUUAGAUUUAACUCAGAAAAAAAAAUCAACAAAGUUUCAUACGGGGAGGCUCCACCCUGAGGUUCAACUCCUUACCCUUUUAUAUACCAUUUUUGACAGGUACCUCUUUUGGAUAUGUUACAGGUUAAAUUUUUUUAACCUCAGUUGAUUCUCAAUUUUCCUUGUUUCCUAGCCCUAAUUAUUCAUGAAUUAGGGCCAGGAGACAAAGGAAAUUGAGAAUCACUUAGGUUAAAAAGGUUUAACCUGAAAUCAAAUUUGACCUGUAGCAUAUACAUCCUAUUGACAAGUGGUAACCGUAGCUUAGAAUGCUGCAUGCCUGUAAAUGCACAGUCUUUUAAAAAACCAGAAUGUUUUCUCAACUUUGUCACAGCCAUUAAAUGUUAGCCGUUUGGGACUUUUUCAGACUGAAAUGACAGAUUUCCCCACUCUUUCAUAUACUCCAACCAGUGAUUUCUCUACCCUUUCAUAUACCUGAAGCGUGAAUAUAAGGUACCUAAUCGGGCUGAGCCUCUCUAUAAAGGCCAUUAUAGGAAGUACCCCCCGGCCCAAGAUCACUUUUUAUGAAUUAUAAGAGACGUAGGCGACGUGAAGGGAGAAUUUGUACAUCAAUAUCAAGGGUUAAAAGUCUUGAAUGCUUAAGGCAGUGAACUUUAGGUGCUGAAACAAUAGGGAAGAACAAAGAUUAUCUUAGAUUUUAGGCUAGGUUAUAUGAUAUUGUAUAUUUUACAAUUUGAUGAGAUGAAAAAGGAUCACCCUAAUAUUAGCGAUAGGAAAUUUUAUAGAAUUUAUUUACUUUAUCAUUAUAAUCUGACGCGUAGGAAAAACUUCACAAUUUCAGUUUUAUGUUGCUUGAAAGUUAAAUAUUUGUGGGCCCAAAAUUAAUUAAGUAUUGGCAAAUAACUGCAUAUAUUUUUCCUCAUUAUUUAUGGCUGAAAAAGAUAUGGUGUAUUCAAAUGUAGUUGGACUGAGGAUUUCUUAGAAUAAAGUAAAUGUAAAUUGCU